AUGGACUCCUCUGAUGCUGUUGGGCCCUUUGUUGACCAGAGGUGGAAGAGGGAGCUACUUGAGAGGUCGUGGAGGAGGGGAUUUGUUGAUCUCCUAAAGUUUGUGAAAGAGGUUGCUGCUGAGGGCGUUGAAGAGGGAGAGACUGUUGCAAUGUUUGUUGGAGCAUGGCAAGGAGGUUUUUACUGUUGUUGCUGCUAG